GAAGUGAUCGUAUGUUUCACUUGUCGCCUGUUGCAAAACACAGACCCCUCGACUAACAGAAGCACACUGUUCCCCCCUGAACUGGAGUGGCUCUUCAGAGCUCGGCGACUGAUUCUAGAGUACCGGAAGAUGCUGAACGCCCCGGCUGCGGAGCGGAACAAGGAGCCCAUCCUGGCGGUUCUGCGGGGCUGCGUGGACCCCAGGGGGCCCCUUCAGGCCCUGGAGGUCUCGUCCGGCACCGGGCAGCACGUCGCCCACUUCGCCCGGGCCCUGCCCCACAUAACCUGGCAGCCGUCCGAGUAUGACCACCAGUCGCUGGCCAGUAUAGAAGCGUACCGGACCCACUACCAGCUGGACGGGGUCAAACCCGCCAUCCACCUGGACGCCUCCUCACCGUGGGACAGCUGGGGGUCGGGGUCCCUCCAGGCUGAGAGCCUCGACCUGGUGGUCAACAUCAACAUGAUCCACAUCUCCCCCAUAGCGUGUACCGAGGGUUUAUUCAAAGGGGCAGGUCACAUUCUAAAACCCCAAGGAAUUCUCCUGACCUAUGGGCCAUAUGCUGUGAAUGGUCAAAUCACCCCAGAGAGCAACGUAAACUUUGACCUCAGUCUCAGACAAAGGAACGCUGCGUGGGGCCUCAGAGACAUCGCUCUGCUCAGCUCCAUGGCCCAGAGGAGGGGUUUGUUCCUGGAGAAAGUGGUGGACAUGCCAGCCAACAACAAAUGUCUUCUGUUCAGGAAGGAGAGUUUGGUGUAGGAGACCUGAGGAGGCUUGUCCUCUGGGAGUUUAAAACGUGUUUCCAGUGACAGUCGGCCGUCUGUCCUCAUCCACACGAAUCGCCAAGUUAUUCCAUUUCACAAUAUAUUGAAUGAGUCAUUCUGAAUGAAGAUAUUAAUACAUUAUGUAUCUGUUUCUAACAAGACUAGCUGGUUCUAACCAGCUAGUACAGACUGGUUAGAACCAGCUACAGACUGGUCAGAACCGGCUACAGACUGGUCAGAACCGGCUACAGACUGGUCAGAACCAGCUCCAGACUGGUUAGAACCAGCUCCAGACUGGUUAGAACCAGCUCCAGACUGGUUAGAACCAGCUCCAGACUGGUUAGAACUAGCUCCAGACUGGUUAGAACCAGCUCCAGACUGGUUAGAACCAGCUCCAGACUGGUUAGAACCGGCUCCAGACUGGUCAGAACCGGCUCCAGAAUUGUUAAAACCGGCUCCAGACUGGUUAGAACCAGCUCCAGACUGGUUAGAACUAGCUCCAGACUGGUUAGAACUAGCUCCAGACUGGUUAGAACCAGCUCCAGACUGGUUAGAACCAGCUCCAGACUGGUUAGAACCAGCUCCAGACUGGUUAGAACCAGCUCCAGACUGGUUAGAACCAGCUCCAGACUGGUUAGAACCAGCUCCAGACUGGUCAGAACCGGCUCCAGAAUUGUUAAAACCAGCUCCAGACUGGUUAGAACUAGCUCCAGACUGGUUAGAACCAGCUCCAGACUGGUUAGAACCAGCUCCAGACUGGUUAGAACCAGCUCCAGACUGGUUAGAACUGGCUACAGACUGGUUAGAACCAGCUCCAGACUGGUUAGAACCAGCUCCAGACUGGUUAGAACCAGCUCCAGACUGGUUAGAACUAGCUCCAGACUGGUUAGAACCAGCUCCAGACUGGUUAGAACCAGCUCCAGACUGGUUAGAACCAGCUCCAGACUGGUUAGAACCAGCUCCAGACUGGUUAGAACUAGCUCCAGACUGGUUAGAACUGGCUCCAGAAUGCUUAGAACCAGCUACGGUUUGGUUAGAACCAGAUACAAACUGAUUAGAACCGGCUACAGACUGAGUAGUACAAAAAUUCACUCAGUAAAUUAUUGACAUGAAUAUUAUUUUAUGUCACAUUACUUUUGCCAAUUCAGUUUUAUGCUCCUUCACAAUAUUUUUUUUCUAAUUAUUUCAAUAUUUAUUUUUACAAUAUCAAUAAAGCUACGGUUUUACUUUUGUUUUUCCAUAUUACCGUGUCUCAAUAUGUUUUAAGUGUGAUCACGUGUAUAGCACAGAGAGAAAACAACCUUUUCUGAAAGCUUGUUGAAUAAAAUCCUAACGCCUCGUU